AUGCAUGUUGUGACCAGAAUCUCUCUCGAGCGACUUAAUCGUCGAUUAUCGACUAGUAUUUACGGAGCUAGCUGCUUGAUUACCGAAGGUGCCUGUAAAGAAGCUGUAAGGAUCCGUAAGGGUCGUAGAGCUAAGCGCCCGGCUAAAGACCACAUCUACUUGCGACACAGCCAUUUGCUCGCCGAAGUCUUGUACGAGCGUCUUUUAAGUAUCUUUAAAGGCGCAUCUAUCUUCUCCGGUGCCAAAGUCCGGAAGCAACCUAUCCUAGUUCUCCGCACCGUCCAUCACAACAUGGGUAGCAUACCGACUUGGCACAGCCCGGUCGCGGGCACUACCAAAGCGAGACACCUAGCAACCCGAGACACUUCCAUCAAAAUAAUUAUUAAACCACAACUAUUAUUAUAA